GGGGCGGAGCUACGGACUGACGCUACGUCUCAGCCUCGGAAAUGGCAAGUGACAGAGGAUGAGGAAGACGGCUCUAAAGUUUCCUGCCUUCCAGUUGUCAUCGCUGCUAACAACAUCACACAACUCCGACAUCGUUUUGUUUUAAUUUAACUGCGUUUCUUUCGUUUCGUUUUUCUGCGUUGCUAACUACGAGUGGCCGUUUUCCGCGUGAAGCUGAAGUCGGAAGUAAGUGGGGAAAAAAAAAUACGCCAGAAGUUUGUUCGACUUGAGUUGAGCGGUAGAGUCGCCGAUAAGGAGAAGCAAUGACGAACAGAGAGGACGAAUAUGACUACCUUUUUAAAGUGGUGCUGAUCGGAGAUUCUGGCGUGGGGAAGAGCAACCUGCUGUCUCGCUUCACCCGCAACGAGUUCAACCUGGAGAGCAAGAGCACCAUCGGAGUGGAGUUCGCCACGCGCAGCAUCCAGGUGGACGGCAAGACCAUCAAGGCCCAGAUCUGGGACACGGCUGGACAGGAGCGGUACCGAGCCAUCACGUCUGCCUACUACCGCGGUGCGGUCGGAGCCCUCCUGGUCUACGACAUCGCCAAGCACCUGACCUAUGAGAACGCUGAGCGCUGGCUGAAGGAGCUGCAGGACCACGCAGACAGCAACAUCGUCAUCAUGUUGGUGGGCAACAAAAGUGAUCUGCGCCACCUGAGGGCCGUGCCCACGGACGAGGCCAAGAGCUUUGCAGAGAAACACGCGUUGUCCUUCCUGGAGACGUCAGCAUUAGACUCAUCUAAUGUGGAGCUGGCUUUUCAGACCAUUCUCACAGCCAUCUACAACAUCGUGUCUCAGAGACAGAUGUCAGGACACAGCAACUCCGACUUCUCACCUGCUUCCAACGUCGUCCCCAUCACAGUCGAGCCCACCCAGAGCUCGUCCAGCAAGGGGUCCUGCUGCCAGAACAACUGAGACUUUGAGCUCCUCCUUCACCUCGGUGGAGAGACCACCAGAUAGACAGACAGACGGACAGUGGAGAGACAGGUAGUGAUGUACUCAGGGUUUGAUCUGUUAUCUGGAGGAGGGGAGUAAAUGAGGGACAGUAAAUAAAUGUAGAAGAGUAUCCAGGAUGUGUGAUGAGGGAGGAUUAAUCAGGGGAAACAAAGCAGGUCAGGUGUUUUCUAAACAAGUCGUUCCACAGCUACACCAUCAGAAGUGAUUCAGUCCAACAUUAAGUUAAAUAAGAUCCAUUUUUAAAUCUCAUUCUGUCUUUUCAAACUGUUGUUUUACAAAAAGGUGAAUGCUUCCUUUCUGUUUUUCACUGCUGGGAUAUAAAACUCCACUUCAGAAGACUGAAUCACACCAAAACACUUCCUGUUCCUCAAACUAAAAUAUUCAGAAAAUUGUCCCUUUUUUCAUUGUAUUUAUUGAACACUAAAUUAUCUUGCUUGGCUAAAAGGUUUGCUUGAUUUUUCCACACUAAUCGCCUCACUUUAAAGGAAUACAAUACACCUUUCUUUCUGAUGAUUUAGCCUAUGUGGAGUCAGUUUUUCUACGUGCACAUGUUGGAAUUUGGUCAGCUUUGCUCCAGCAGGCCUCCCAGAGCAAUAACACCCCCUCCCCAAAAGUGACGAGUGAUUUCUGAUGGCUUUAGAUCUGUUUGGAAGGCUCUUCUUCUCUCCGCACUUUGUACGCCGCAGAUGAGUCGUGCUCCUGCGAGCUUUAGCAUUUAGCAUUAGCUGGAGAUGUGACGGGAUGGUUGGUGGCUGGGUUAACUGCAGUAGGACGGCAGCGUCGACCCGGCUCAUGACCGUUUCGCCCUUUUUCCUCUGAUCCCGGGAAAGAUUUGGAAAUUGGUUUAAAUGCAUGGACAAGCCCGUACUGCUGCCUGCCACCUGGGAUGAAUGGAUGGGUGGGAUAAUAUUUCAGGGGAUGAUAGCGAGGGCACUCAGCCCUGCUCCUGUGGUCUGCCAUGUGCCCGGAUGGCUUGUUUUACUGUAAAUGAAAUCCUCCACUGCCUGCUCACCUACUCCUGUCUCUGUCUCUGGAUCAGGACUCUCUGUCUUCUGGGAUCUCCCUGAGGUCUGCCCUCACUUUCACUUGUCUUUAUUUCCUGUCCGAGGGGUGGGGUUGUGUUAGCAUCAAAUAGUUUACUAGAUGAAGAACGGGAGAACGGAGCGUAGCGUUAGAGGGGAGCUUGAUUAAAUCCAAAGGUUCUGGACUCAGAUGGUGUUUAUCCUGCUGAUGUGUCUCCACAUCAACACACACUUCUGUUCACUUCACAACUGGGUGGUGUAGGUUAGGACUUUUUAAACUUUUAUUUGAAUAUAUGUAUAUUUGGACUGCACAUGUACAAAUAAAUUGUUUGUUAUAGCUCAUCUCUUACGUCUCUUCAGUUUCAAACAAGCAGAUUUGACUCUUGUGAUUCUUCAUCACCCAAUAUUGACAUGGCUGUACUAAAACCUCUAAUGUCCAGUGUAAUUUAAGAUGUAAAGUGCUGUACAAUGAUAUUCUUCUGAUUACUGAUAUUAAAUAUUAAUAGUCA